AUGGAAUCAAGUAAUGAUACAGAUUUGGUUGUUGAUCCGAAUCUAGAAACACAGUACCCCAUGCUCCCAUUUGAAAAGCAGAUAUUUGUUGAUAUGCAAGAAAGAGAUGCCCUUUUAGUUAUGGCAAAGGGUAUAAAUUACAAUAAAGUCUUAGCUAACUUAAUUUGGGUUUACAAAGACCCUGGUAAUUUAAUUUUAGUUGUAAAUAGCAGUGAUGAUGAAGAAAAGUAUUUUAUGACAAAGUUCAACUUAAACCCACUACCAAAUAUUGGAACUGAAAGGGCUAAGUCAUAUUUGGAAGGUGGAAUAUUUUUUAUUUCAACUCGUAUUUUAGUAGUUGAUCUAUUAAAAUGUAGAAUUCCUAUCAGUCACAUCAUGGGUAUUAUUGUUUUAAGAGCACAUUCUGUGUUGGAGUCAUGUCAGGAAGCAUUUGCCUUAAGACUGUAUAGGCAAAAAAAUAAGACAGGUUUUAUUAAGGCAUUUUCAAAUUCUCCAAUUUCAUUUACAUUUGGCUACAAUCAAGUUGAAAAAGUUAUGAGGGCGCUCUUUUUGACAGAGCUGUAUCUAUGGCCUAGGUUUCAUGGUAUUAUCAUUAAAAGCCUUAAAAAUAGGCAAGCGGAAGUGGUUGAGCUGCAAGUACCACUGACACCAAAAUCAAAUCAUAUACAAUUAUGCCUUUUGGACAUUAUGAAUUACACAGUGAAACAAUUAAAAAGUAUUAAUAGAACACUAGAUAUGCAGGAAAUUACAACAGAGAAUUGCAUUACAAAAAAAUUCCACAAAAUACUUCAAUCACAGUUGGACUGUGUUUGGCAUCAACUUAGCACCAAAACAAAAGAGUAUAUCCAGGAUUUGAAAGUUCUAAGAAGUAUGGUUAUAAACUUAAUACAUGAUGACCCUAUAUCAUUUUAUGCACUUGUUAGAAAAUACAGGACACCUGAGUAUGCAAAGGUGAAUUCUGGGUGGAUAUUGCUUGAUUCUGCAGAACAAUUGUUCGGAUUAGCGCGAGGAAGAGUUUAUAAUAGCAAAAAUGAGUUUGAUCCUGAACCUUGCCCUAAGUGGAAGUGUCUCAGUGAACUUCUUUUGGAAGAGAUACCUGAAGAUGUUAAACUAAAAGGAAGAGCAUUACAUAAAACUAAAGUAUUAAUAUUAUGUCAGGAUAACAAAACAUGUUUGCAGUUGAAUAACUAUCUUGUAAUGGGAGCCCAUAGAUAUCUUUUCUACACGGCUUUCAGAAAUGAACUCGCAAUAAAUGCUCUUUCCUCAAAAUAUAAAUCUUUUAAAAAUUCCAUGCCACAAACUGAAAAAGAUAAAACUCUUAAAUCAAAUGUUACUCAAGAUGUUUUAGAGGAAAAUGUAGAAAAUUUAUUAGAAGAUGAUAAUUUUAAUGCAGAAGAGUCAAACAAAUCAAACUACAUUUUAACAUUGAGCCAGUUGCCCUCUAAACAAGAGAAAUCCCAGGAUGAGAAUCUAUUCGAACCAUUGUCACAGCUAGAUGAUAUUAAUAUGACACAAAUUGAAACAGAGAAACCAAUAAUUUGUAUACAAACAUUCAAACAAAAUGGAAAUAAUUUCUCACUUGAGCUCACACUGCAGACUUUACAACCUGAUUACAUAAUACUUUACCAGAGUGAUAUGUCAGCGAUCAGACAAAUUGAACUCUUUGAAUGUAGAAAGAAAUCUGAAGAACCCGUUUGCAAGGUGUACUUCCUCAUCCAUGAUAAAACAGUUGAAGAACAAGCCUACCUUACAUCAUUGAAGAGAGAGAAAUUGGCUUUUGAGUUACUUAUAGAAACAAAAAGUGUCAUGGUUGUACCUUCAUAUCAAGAUGGGAAAACGGAUGAGUAUUUCAACCUGAAUGUAGAAGAAGAGGAAAAUACUGGAGAUACUAGAAAAGCAGGUGGGCAAAAUCUCAAUAAGGAAAAGCCUUUAGUUAUAGUCGACAUGAGAGAAUUCCGCUCAGAUCUACCAGCACUACUCCAUAAGAAAGGAAUAAAUAUUGAACCCGUCACUAUAACUAUUGGUGACUACAUUCUUACUCCGGACAUAUGUGUGGAGCGAAAAUCUAUAUCAGAUUUAAUCGGCUCUCUAAACUCCGGCCGCCUGUACACACAAUGCACUCAGAUGUGCCGGAACUACAGUCGACCGAUACUGCUCAUCGAAUUCGAUCAAAAUAAACCGUUUAAUUUACAGGGCAACUUUGUGGUGUCGUCCGAUAUGUCCGGAGCCGACAUCCAGCAAAAGCUGCAGCUACUUACAAUACACUUCCCAAGGCUGAAGCUGGUGUGGUCACCCAGCCCUUACGCCACAGCCGAGUUGUUCUAUGAACUGAAGCAAGGCAGAAAGAAUCCUAACGUGGAGGAAGCAGUCGCUCUAAGCGGCGAAAACUCUGCGGACGACAUGUGUUAUGAGAGGUACAACACGCUGGUCCAUGACUUCGUUCAAAAACUGCCUGGGGUCACUUCGAAGAACAUAAUGAGGAUCAUGAACAGAGGUCAAUCUUUGGACCAUUUGAUAUCGCUCAACAAGGAACAGUUAACUGAUAUUCUGGAGAACAAGGGUGAAGCACAAAUUUUGCACUCUAUAUUACACAUUAAAUCGAAAACGGAGGUCAAAGAGGAAAAGGCGUUUGGCAAAAAUAAAUUUACGGGGAAAUUGUUCAAAACCAAAAAGAGA